GAUCAGCUGUCUGACCGGUGGAGGCGGCAGACCAUCUGGGAGGCUCGCCAGUGCCAAGGAAGCCUCCAGAGCUAUGGGAACCGGGUUACGCAGCCGCUCCUUUCGAAGCCCCCGGUCCUCCUAUGGGAAGCUCCAGGAAGGACAACUCCGGCGGACACUGAGCCUCCGGGAGGGCCGUCACAAGGGCAGGCCCCAGGACCUGGAUGGAGGCCCAGAAGGGCUGGAGUCCCCUGCUCAGGAGUGGCUGCCCGGGAGACUGGAGGACACCGAUCAGCUGAUCCAAGCCCAGCGAGGUGCAGGCAGCCGACAGUGGCUGAAGCAGUACCAACAGCAGGUGCGGAGGACGUGGCAGAGCUUUGUCACCAACUUCUCCCACGUGACUUUGAGUCAGUCGGCCUCCCCAGAGCCCCCACUGGACACCACUAGCUAGCAGUGUUGGAGGAUGCCCCUUGCUGACCCUGCCUCUUUGCAGCUCUUCUGGACUCUGGACUGCACCGGCCUGUGUCACGUAACCCAAGGAGCCACCCCACAACCUCCACCACCCACCCCCAGUUCACUGGGAGCCCCAUGCGGCUGCCCCAGGCCAUGACCCUCUCUCUCCAAGGCUGGGUCUCAGCAAAGACCCCGGUGGGGCUGAAGGGAAGUGGUCGGCUCUGUGCCCUCUGGGCUUAGAGCUCCCAGAACACAUGAGAUAGCUCUUAGGAGCCUGCCUAGAAGUGAGGGUAUCAAUGCUCCCAGCCCCAUGUAAGACCCCACAAGAUCAGUUACCACUUCCAAGACAGAGCUUGAGGAAGCCAGACUUGUGGCUGAGAUGCUCUUGGAUGGAUGUCAUUUGGUCACAGGGCCACCACUUGCUGCUGGGUCCCCUCCCAAACAGUGAGCCCACUCAGGCAAGGACCAUGUCUGGGAGGCUCUCAGUGCUGGGCACCCACUGGCCAACAGACCCAGCCUGUUUGUUGUUGCCUUCAGGCCUCAAAGUAUCCCAAUGAAGGAAGCAAGGGGAACAUUUCCUCUUGAUGUGACAGAGGGGAAACUGAGGCCCAAGGUGGAAGGGAUCUGUUAAUUUUGUCUUCCCUCACCCUACCCACGUCAGUGCCCAAUAUCGGCGCUAAACACAGGAAUAAAGAUCUGUUGCACUGAA